AUGCAGCGUAACUUUCCGACGACGCUCUUACUUUCGGCUCUAUGUUUCUUUCUAGUGCCGGAGCUAAUGCCGGUCUGUGAAGCCGUGUGGCUUAACAUUCCCCAUACUGGAACAAAAUGCGUCUCGGAGGAAAUCCAGAGCAAGGUCGUCGUUUUGGCAGAUUACCUCGUCAUCUCCGACGAACAUUCCGUCUUCCCUACUGUCUCCGUUAAGGUUACAUCACCAUAUGGCAACCUUUUGCACCAAAGCGAAAACACAACGCAUGGUCAGUUUGCGUUUACAACGCAAGAAUCAGGAACCUACUUGGCCUGUUUCGAGGCCGUAGGUAAAAUUCAUGCUAACGACAUUAGCAUCAACCUUGACUGGAAAACCGGAAUCGCAGCCAAAGAUUGGGACUCCAUCGCUAAAAGAGAGAAGAUCGAGGGUGUUGAGCUUGAGCUAAAGAAACUUGAAGGUGCAGUUGAAGCCAUCCAUGAACAUCUACUUUACCUCAGAAACAAAGAAGCAGAUAUGAGGAUUGUGAGUGAGAAGACGAACUCUCGAGUCGCAUGGUACAGUAUAAUGUCGCUAGCCAUCUGCAUUGUGGUCUCGGGUUUGCAGAUUUUGUACUUGAAGCAGUACUUUGAAAGGAAGAAGCUUAUUUAG